AAACGCCCCCAGAGUGAGACUGUACUCCUUUGGUGAGUCUGUGUGCUCGGGUGCUCUGAGAUUUAACUGUACUGAGUGAACUCUGGUAAGGCUCUAACCACAACUGAGUCCUGAUCCAAAGACGACCUUCUUUUACACUUUCAGCACAAAAAACAGUCAAAACGAGAGAAACAUUUUAAACUGCUGCUUCAGGUGGUGAAGGACACAUUAUCAUUCAACCCCCUUCCAAAAAACCCCCAUAAAAGCCACAGUGUUUCCCACCAAAUCGUCCACCACAGACACAUUUUAUCAUCAAUUGGCACUUUGCUGCUGUUGAUGACCGGUCCUGCCCAAAGAGGCUUGCAUUCAUCCCAUGAGAGCCUCUCUUUGUACACAACAUUCCUCUUCUGUGGUAUUUAAAACAUGUCUCCAGACAGUAAUUCUCUUUUGUUUUUCCACCUCUGACUUCCCCUCUCACCUUCUUGCUCUUCUUACUCUGUUUCCAGUUUCUCCCUCUCUCUCCCGGAUUCCUCCGCUGUCCCUCCUCUCAAGUCCCCUCUCCUCCGCACCCACCCCCGUCCCCAAACACUGAUCUCAGAUUAACGUGAACACUAUCCCAGGUAAAGUUUGCACCUGCUUCUUUAGGCAAAGCUCCUUCCACUGAUUCUCACUGAUUCCCAGUUUAGGCGAGAACAAAAAAACUCUAGCUUGCUGUUGGUUCUGCCGGUAAUUCCUGCGGAGCUGGACGCGGACAAGAAGCGCUCUUCCAUCAGGACAUCCAGCUGCUCUUCAUCACUUCGACUGCCUCUCUUUACUCCCUCCAUCACUCCCUGGAUGGGAUACUGCUCUGUGGAGAUUGCCACUAGACUAGUAAGGUGCUAGAUGUUCAUCUCCUGAAGGCAGAAUGGUCAGGCCAGGCUGUCCAGUCAUUCUGCUCCAUAUCUUCAGCAUCUUUGCACACACAAGAGGUAACACUCAGGAUACGCUGUAUCCGUAUGGACCUGGCCAUAGGGAUCUAGAGACUCCAAAGAUGGACGAUGGAAGUUCUCCUGAAAUUACUUUACUCAUCCCCUUUAUUUUCUUCAAUAUCCCUUACCGCUCUAUCUAUGUCAACAACAAUGGUGUAAUCUCCUUCAACGUGCAGGUUAGCCAAUUCACACCAGAGGCUUUUCCCCUGAGUGACAGCAGGUCAUUUAUUGCUCCACUCUGGGCAGAUGUGCACAAUGGCAUCCGCGGAGACGUGUACUACCGGGAGACCACCGAGCCAGAAAUUCUCGAAAGGGCAACACAAGAUGUUCGGAAGUAUUUCAAAAACAUGCCCACCUUCACUGCCACAUGGGUCUUUAUUGCAACAUGGCACCAAGUCACGUUCUAUGGAGGAAGCCAGACAACUCCGGUGAACACGUUCCAAACUGUACUCAUCUCAGAUGGCGUGGCAUUCUUCAGUAUGUUCAACUACGGCGAAAUCACAUGGAGCACAGGAACAGCCAGUGGUGGAGAUCCAUUAACAGGAUUGGGCGGUACAACAGCUCAGUCAGGUUUUAAUGGUGGAGAUAUUGGCCAUUUCUUCAACCUGCCGGGAUCGCGGUCAAAUGAUGUAGUGAACAUUGAACAAACAACUAAUGUAAAUAUUCCUGGGCGCUGGUUCUUCCGUGUAGACACUGAGCUGAUUAAUCCUGCCAAUGGCUGCAGCUACAAUGGCCGUUACUACAGACGGGGAGAGAUCUUUUGGCUGUCUGACAGAUGCUCACAGCGGUGUCGCUGCCUCGACAUCGAUAAUGAGGUGCAGUGUCAAGAGGCUCCGUGUGGGCAGCUUGAAACCUGUGAGCAGCUGGAAGGAGCCUUUUACUGUCAGCCCACUCGCACCAGCACUUGCGUGGUAUUCGGAGACCCCCACUAUCACACCUUCGAUGGCUUCCUCUAUCACUUCCAGGGGACCUGCUCCUACCUGCUGGCUCGGCCCUGCUGGGAGGUAGCAGGGCUGCCCUUCUUCAGUGUGGAGGCCAAAAACGAGAACCGUGGAGCUGCCUCUGUUUCCUGGCUUAGAGACGUCACAGUGGAGGUGUAUGGUCACCGAGUUACACUGCCAAAAGGAAGUUUUGGAACAGUCCAGGUGGAUGGCUUGGUGAAGACUUUACCAGUCCAACUCCAGCUUGGUGCUGUCAGGGUGUACCAAUCUGGGGUUGCCAUUGCUUUAGAAACUGAUUUUGGACUCUUGGUAACUUACGAUGGCCAACAUUACGCAUCCAUCUCCCUACCCAGCUCCUACUUCAACAACACUUGUGGCCUUUGCGGCAACUAUAAUGAUGACCCUGCCGAUGAUCCCGUACUACCUGAUGGCACUCUGGCAGAAAGUGUAGUGGAGCUGGGAGGCAGCUGGAGGGCAGAGGACACAGACUGGAGGUGUACAGAUGGAUGUGCACAGAACUGCAGCAUGUGUGACCCUCUUGCAGAAGCUUUCUACUUUCGGUCUGACUACUGUGGGUUAAUUAACAAAACUGAUGGACCAUUCAGGGACUGCAGAGCUGUUGUGGAUCCUACAGCCUUUGUGUACAGCUGCGUUUAUGAUAUGUGCAGCAACAAGGAUAACAUCACUACUCUAUGCCAGGCCAUCCAGGCCUAUGCACUGGCUUGUCAGGCCCUUGGUGUCACAAUACGACCUUGGAGAUCUCGCACCUUCUGUGCUUGGUCUUGUCCAGACUUCAGCCAGUAUCAAGUGUGCACAAGCGCCUGUCCAGCUUCCUGCUCAGACCUCACCGCUCCCUUGUACUGUGCUCAUCCUUGCACUGAGGGCUGCCAGUGUGACCCAGGCUAUGUUCUCAGUGGCAGCCGCUGUGUACAGCGUGAAGACUGUGGCUGUGAGCAUAAUGGCCUUUAUUACCCCCUUAAUACGACUUUCUGGGUAGGUCCCAGCGGUGAAGAAGGAGAAUGUACCCUCCGGUGUACCUGUGGGCCUGCUGGGGAAGUUUCUUGUUUCAAUGAUUCCUGUAAGGAGGGUGAGGUGUGUAAGGCAGAGGUUGGCCUGCUGGGUUGCUACCCUCGAAGAGAAGGGGUUUGCUCAGUCACCCAAAACUCAGUGACAUCCUCCUUCGAUGGCACCUUCCUGUCGUUCCCAGAUGACAGCUCUUAUUACUUACUGAAGCUGUGCGCUCCAGUGCCAGCCAACGGCUCGAUGGUGGAGGUGAAGCUAGGCCGGCGGUUGGUCAACAAAGGGCCUGCUUGGAAAAGACCUGUGGUAGUUACGCUAGCUAACGUGGAGGCACAGAUGGGAGGGUUGGAUUUUGAUACAGUCAAGGUGAAUGGUGAACUAGUGUUGCUCCCAUACGUCCAUCCAAUGGAGACAAUGAUGAUCUACAGAGCGCCGGGCAAUGCAACAGUGGUGGAGUCCCGUGGUCUGCUUCGUGUCCACUACACACAUCAAGGAUUCCUCAAUAUCUCCCUUUCAACCCUCUUCUACAAUGUUACUUGUGGUCUUUGUGGUGUUUUCAAUAGCAAUGCAACCGAUGACCUUCGCCUACCCAAUGGACGCCAGGCAGAGUCAAUCGAACAGUUCACAGACGGCUGGCGCUCCAUUGCUGAUGAUCUUACCUGCAAUGGCGACUGCGACGACCUGUACCGCAUGUGCACAGACUUACGUCUUUAUCAGAGCCCUUGGAUGUGCGGCAAUAUCAACGACCCCGGGAAUAGUUCCUUUCUUGCGUGUCACGCAGUGGUUAACCCCUCGCCAUUCUUCAGGAACUGUUUGUAUAACAUGUGCGUGAGGGAAGGGAACCGCUCAGCCCUGUGUUCUUCGCUGCAGGCUUACGCCACCGCCUGUCAGGAUGCUCAAGUAGGACUUGCUUCAUGGAGGAGCACCACCAACUGUCCUCUUCCCUGUCCAGAGAACAGUCACUUUGAUGAGUGCACCAGCGCCUGCCCUUUGACCUGUGCCAACUUGGACGACCCCGAAGAGCCGUGCCCCCUGCCUUGUCAGGAGGGGUGUCAGUGCGAAGACGGCUUCGUGCUGCGGGAUGGCCUGUGCGUGGCGCGCAGAGAUUGUGGCUGCAUCUACCACAGGCGUCAGCUGGCCACCAACCAGACUUUCUGGACAGACUGGGAGUGCCAGGAGCGCUGCUACUGCAAUGGCUCUGACAACACUGUAUACUGUCAGCUCGCACCGUGUCACCCUGAGGAGUACUGCCAGGAGAAUGACGGCCUGUAUUUCUGCCAGCCGCGCUCUGAGGCCCUGUGUGUGGCAGCUGGCUAUGGACAUUUUUUGCCAUUUGGCGGAGUGCCGUUCGAGCUGCAGAGCUCUUGCACUCUCAGGAUGGUCACCACCAGAUGUGGGAGGGGGAACACGGCGCACGUACCCAUCACCAGAACUUUUCCUCCAUUUAAACUGGCGGUUCGUAACGAGGACAGAGACACGAGCCAAGCAAUUUGGGUGAGGGGUUUUGUGCUGGAAGUUUACGAGUAUGAAAUUGAAGCAUCUCGAAGCUACAGAAACACUGUCACGGUGAAUAAGGAGCGACUGUACCUUCCCCUGAAGCUGGGCCCAGGAAAGGUCAAUAUCUUCACCUUUGGCAUGCACCUCAUUUUGGAGACAGACUUUGGCCUGAAGGUGGCCUUUGACUGGAACACUCUCCUGCUCUUGACUUUACCCCGCGACCUCUACAACUCCACCUGUGGCCUUUGCCAGGGCGUGCCUCUGUCCCCACCCACCCUUUCCACUACCGACUGGGGCAUGGCCUGGGCGGAGAGGGACACCUUCUGCCAGGUGGGCUGCGGUGACUCCUGCCCGCGCUGUGGCCUCGGAGAGAAAAGCUCCCAAAAUGACACCCCUCUCAUGGUGGCUGAUGCCAACAUGAACGCUGGGAGCGACGAUGAAGCAAAUGGAGUCAGCACUGGCAUACGUUUCCACAUCGGUGACGGGCUCUAUGUGUUUGUGGAGCCCGAGGCAGUGAGGCUGUGUGGGUUACUUGUUGAUCGGUCAGGCGUGUUUGCACGGUGUCACAGCAAGGUGGCGCCAGCGUUCUUUUAUCAAAGCUGCCUCCAGGACACCUGCUUGGAUCAGGGAGCUCAGGAUACAAUCUGUAACUGGCUGCAGAUCUAUGCCAGCACCUGUCAGACCCAGGGGGUGCAUGUCACCGACUGGAGGAGCGACACACCGUGUGUCCAGAGCUGUCCACCUAACAGCCAUUACUCCAGUUGCAUGUCAGUUUGCCCGCCCCAGUGUGCACCAGCCCGCGGCCAGAGGGACUGCAGCCAGGACUGCGUGGAGGGCUGCCAGUGCGACCAGGGCUACGUGCUCAACGGCAAGAGCUGCAUCCUUUCUCAGAACUGUGGCUGCUAUACCGAUGGCACAUACUAUGAGCCCAAGCAGCUUUUUUGGAACGCCGACUGCACCAAACGCUGCCAGUGCAUCGGACGAAACCUGAUCCAGUGCAAUCCAAGGCGAUGCAAGGCAGAGGAGGAGUGCACCCUCCGGUACGGGGUUCGGGGCUGCUUUGCCCGCCGCUCCCAGCACUGCGUGGCAUCAGGCGGCGGAGUGUUCAGGACAUUCGACGGGGCAUCGCUGCGACUGCCGGCCUCGUGCUCCUUUGUCCUGUCCACAAACUGUCACAAGCUGCCCGACCUCUCUUUCCAGCUCAUUGCCAACUUUGAUAAAUGGAGCACGCCCAACCUCACCACCAUCUCGCAUGUCUACCUGUAUAUAAAUGAGGAGAAUAUACUCAUCUCUGGCAGCACUGUCAAGGUUAAUGGCACACCAGUAUCCGUACCAUUUGUAACAGGGCUGAUGACACGCCUGUCCACAUCUGAGGGUUUCAUUGUCAUCGACACACCCCAGGACAUCCAGGUUCGCUACAACCACUUUAACACCCUGAGCAUCACAAUGGGCCAGCGGCUCCAGAACAAGGUGUGCGGCCUUUGUGGGAAUUUCAAUGGGGACCCCAAUGAUGACUACAUCACCUCAAGGGGCAAGCCGGCUGUCAGCGCCCUGGAGCUGGCACAGAGCUGGAAGACCAACGGCAUGCAGAACAGUUGUGAUGAGACCCAGUACGUGGCUUUGGCUCAGUCCUGCGACAACUCGGCCAUCCUGGCUCUGCAGAGUGAAGAUGCCUGUCAGAAGCUCACCCAGCUCAAAGGCUUCUUCCAGCCAUGCCACGGCCUGCUGGAUCCCCGUCCUUUCUACCAGUCCUGCUACCUGGAUGGCUGCUACAAUCAUCGCAAGGCUCAGGUCUGUGGAUCACUAGCCGCCUAUGCAGAAGCCUGCCGGUCCAUGGGCACCCUCACGACCAAGUGGAUCACCCAAGAGAACUGCUCAGAAUGGAUCUAUGACCCCUGUGCAGGAGAGAUCUGCACAAACUUCACCUGUGAGCUGGAGAAUGGAGGCGAUCUGUGUGGCUGUCCGGAGUUACCCACCAACUCUGAAGGCGAGGAUGACAUCAUCCAAGCGGAGGUGACCUGUAAGCAUGCUCAGAUGGAGGUUUCCAUCUCCAAGUGUAAGCUCUUCCAGCUGGGCUUUGAACGGGAAGAUGUCCGGAUCAACGACGAGCACUGCGCUGGCAUUGAGGGAGAGGACUUCAUCUCCUUCCACAUUAACAACACUAAGGGACACUGCGGUUCCAUUGUACAGUCCAACGGCACACACAUCAUGUAUAAAAACACUGUGUGGAUAGAAAGUGUGAACAACACUGGGAACAUCAUCACCAGAGACAAGACCAUCAACGUGGAGUUUUCCUGCGCCUAUGAGCUGGACCUGAAGAUCUCACUGGAGACUGUCCUCAAACCCAUGCUCAGCGUCAUUAACCUCACCCUACCGACCCAGGAAGGAAACUUCAUUACCAAGAUGGCUCUGUAUAAAAACUCCUCGUACCGCCAUCCAUACAGAGAGGGGGAGGUGGUGCUCAGCACUCGAGACAUCCUGUACGUAGGCGUCUUUGUGGAAGGAGCGGAUGAAAACCAGCUCAUCCUUAUAGUGAAUAUGUGCUGGGCCACACCGUCGCGCUACAGCAGUGAUCGACUCCGCUACAUCAUCAUUGAGAGAGGGUGCCCAAACAUUAAGGACAAUACCAUUGGCAUGGCAGAGAAUGGCGUAUCACUCACCUGCCGCUUUCACGUCACCGUCUUCAAGUUCAUCGGGGAUUACGAUGAAGUCCACCUGCACUGUGACGUUUCUCUGUGCGACUCAGAGACGAACGCCUGCAAAGUGAACUGUCCACAUAAGAGAAGAAUGUACUCAGAGGACAGUGACCAUAAAGAGCACAUACUGUCUGUUGGACCCAUAAGAAGAAGAGAGUCUGACUGGUGUGAGGAGAACAAUGGAGGCUGUGAGCAAAUCUGCACCAGUAAGGCCGCUGGGCCCAUCUGCAGCUGUGUGACUGGGAUGCUGCAAAGAGAUGGGAAGAGCUGCCGGGCCGUGAGCUCAAGCAGUAACAUCACACCUGCGAUUCCUCUGCUGAGCGUCAGCGCUGCGAUCUCCGUGCUCCUGGCUCACCUUCACACUCUUCUCCUCUCCUAACGCUCUGUGAGCUAAGAGAAGGCAAUAAAUGACAAAGAUCAAACACACAAAAAGACUUGAAUAUGCACAAAGUAUCAUCAUUGAUUAGCCAGUAGAUCAGCUGUGUUUCAGCCAGAAAGUCAAGACAGAAUAUACUGUACACCGACUAAUUUUUGUCUCCACAUUUCAUUGAUAAAAGGUAAGUCAGUUUUCUAGAUACAUGGACAGUCAGUCAGUUUCACUGCUUUGUUGUGUUUUUCUUCAUCCCCAUCUGCUCCCUCAUUUACAUUUAUCAGGACUCCCACUGUUUAUCACUCACCUAAAGCCACUAUGUGUAGAUGUUUUCAUGUGAUUAUAACAUAUUUUUACAAAUUUCUUUAUAGGAAAUUAACAUAUUAUGCAUGCUACCACCAGAUGGUGCCAAAGAAAGUAGUUUUCCAAUCCUAGACAUACAAACUUGAAGGUACAACAGCUAAAAUCACACAGUGAUGUUUAUGGAAAGACAAUGGCAGAAUUAAAAAGAAACAGUAAUAUAACUGAUUAGUUAAAGAGGCAUAAUUGUAAAUCAUCAGGGAAUGUGAAAUGUGAUCCCACCUGUUUGUAUUUAUACCUGAUAUUAUUCUACAGUCACACUAAGGAAAGCAGUGGCUGGAGAUCACGACUGUGUGCAAUGAACUUGCGAAUUUUUUUUUGCCAUUGAAAUUGUUGCUUCAAAGACAGGAUCGGGUCUAUGACCACUUAGUCAGAUGCCAUCUUUAAAAUGACCUUAGUGUAACAAUAAGACGACGUCAGUCUGCUAUCGUUCAAUUGAAUGCACUCAAACUGGCAACUGCAUUCAGUCUGUUUGUGAUAAUAUAGUGAUUAUGAAUCAAUCUGCUGCAAAUCGCAUUCAAAUCAAACUUAUAUCAGAAAUUCCCACUAACUACACUCCUCCAUAAACGGUGACGUAGCUGCUGCUUAUAACCAGAAUACAACUAGUUGAUUACAGCGUGCUAGCAAUUUGUCUGUGUUUGCAAACUUUUACCAAUCUGUCUGAGAGCGAUCGGUUGCUUGGAGACAGGUUGCCUCCCACCAGGCAAUGUUUGCAACUACCUUGCAAUAGAAAAUUAACUAUAUGUUUGCACUAAGUACUUGCAAGUAAAAAGUAAAAAAAGCAACAAAACACAGCAGUAAUCAGGCAACCAUCAGUUUUGACUGUUUUUACUCUAGUGUGAGCUAUUCAUAAAUCCCAUUCUGUCCAAACUGUGAUCAGAUCUUAAUGAGUAGGUGGGGUGCAACAACUAGAAACCCUCAUGAUUGUGAUUUAAUUGAUUUACAGAGCCAUCAAAAUGUAAACAUCAAACUAUUUUAUUAUUAAUUUAUGAAUAAAUUACAUUUAAAUAACUGUAAAUUUCCUUUUUCUCAGUGGAGAGGUUUAUUAAAGUUACCUUUUAUAUUUUAAACUGAUAAUCAGAUGAAACAAAAAAGUAAAAUAGAAACUUUUAAUUUGAAUUUUUUUUAAAUUAAAUUACAUUUUAAAACCAAGCAGUUAAUAGUUAUUGUGCUGACUUGACGUCAUUCAGGGGUCACAAGGUCACAUAUUCAUGACAUUUGGAUCGAAAUGGGAAAGAAGCUUGUUUAUAAGUACCAUAAACUAUAAAUAAAAGAUGGGCAUGGCAAAGUCCAGUCUUUGAAACCUUGAACUGAGGAUUUGCCGCCUUGGUGUGGUGAGACUGGGUGUGAGGACUGAAGGGUGGAGCUGACCGAAAAACCAAAGUGCUUUAUGUUCGUGGGCUCGCUGAUCCCAUGUUGGGCCUGACCUAAAGCAUACCCUGGUCUGAAAACCAUCCAGAAACAGUAGCCCCUUCCUGACGCUUAAGCUUAAACUCCCUGGGCUUCACUUUUAUACUCAGCCUGAGGUUGGCGCUACUCUGCUACUCAUGUGAUUGUGUACUUUCAUUUAGUAUUUUGAGAGUCUCCCCAAAAGUAUGAUGCUGUUUUAUGGACUUUACGGCUCAGGUGUGACUUUUUGAUGAUAAGCUUAAGAGAGGAAGAAGAGCUGAGGUUACUGUAUGUAACAUUUAAACAUGCUGUUUCUUAAAAAAAAUGGCAAAACUGUACGGAUUUCAUUAAGAAACUGGCAACUGAGCAUCUGCAGAUCUGUGUCAGAGUGCAAACCUUUACCCAGAAACGAGCGAACAAACUUUAUCUUAUAUAAUUGCUUCCUAACUGUACGGAUUAUUGCUCUAAACCAAUAAAACCUACAGCAGGUUAUGGCUGAAAAGGAGGUUAGGGGUUAUCUAAGAAGAAAACUGUGUGAAAGGGUGAUGCAUUGUGAAGUGAAGUAUUUAUGUGUGAAGUAUCUGUUUAAAAUGUUAAUCAGCCACAACAUUAAAACCACCCGCCUGAUGUUGUGCACAGAUCUGACUCGCUGCACCUCAGGGGGCGCCCUCUAGUGCCUGGCAAUGGGACUUUGACUCCUUUGGCGUCUGUAUGCUUUCGAGUGGGGCUACCAUGGAUUAGAACCGCAGUCUGUCCUAAACCUUAAAAAGUUGCUUUGUUGCCUAAAUUUAACCAAACUGCAAUUGACGGUUAAUUUUUUCUUAAAGAAACCCAAAGUUUCCCAUCAAAAAAUUGCAUUUUAACUAGUUGAUCAAUAUUUUUCACUUCACCUGCGUGAGUGGUUUUGAUGAUGUUGCUUUACUGGUGUAAUUUUUUACCUUUUUAUGUUAGUACCCAGGAUGAGGGGGACAGGGGAUGAGUUUAGCUGUGCCAUUAAAAACCCAAUUUUCGUGUCAUUUCUGAACUAAUUAGUUUCGGUCUUCUCGUGCUUUUCAGUGUACUUUCUAACACUCAUUGCAUGAAUUCAGUUUGAGGAGUGGAGCAGGUGUCGGAUAGUUUAUCUGCAGCUCACAGUCAGCUGCUUUUAAUGGUUUAAAUAUCAAUAAAUGUCAACCACACAUCUUACAGAUCCUUCAAAGUUCUUCCAAACGCUGACACUUUGGUGCAGUUACACAAAAUAAAAAGCAAACAGAGUAGUUGUUGCCUUUUGUGUACAAAUGUACAGUCCUGGUCAGUUUGGUGGUUUGUGUCAUCGCUGACCUUUUUAAAUAAUCGGUAUCUUUUUUGUGUGUGUUGUUUAAAACUAAGUGACUAAAGAGGUGUUUUAUUCUUUGAGAGCAGCACCACCCUGCUAUAAAUAAAUGAAGACGUUCUCAAAGUCAGUGUGAGUCACGCAUUAUUUCAUGCAGAACAUGCAGCCCUGCGAGAGAGCUCGGGGUUACGAAGCAGAGCUCUUCAUUUGCUGGUCAGAGGCGACACUUACUCAUAAACACAGCAUUAAAACAUCACUUGUCACCUGAAAAAAAAUUGAAAGGCUACAUUUUUGGUUGAGUUUCACUGUAAAGUUAUUCCUGACGCUGAGUAAACAUCCACUCCAAGCUGCUGUCUCCUAGCAACAAGCUCCAGCUACAAUUAAGUGAUGUGUCAUCCAGUCCUCACUCAUGACUCUGCCAGUGUUAGGAUCUGUUUAAAUUCUUUCCACAGUGCAGGGAGUCGCUCCUUUGAAGGAUUUCUGUUCGCUGUCGUCAUCCGCCGACUGUCAGUGACAUCUCACUGCAGCUGACUGUUAAUGAGGAUGUAGGCGGAUGGAGGAAGGUGAGGCUGCAGCGGUCAAACGAGUUGGGCAGAAAAGACAGUAACAAACCAUCAACUGAUCCGUUUAAUUUGCCUUAAGAGUACAAAAAAAGAGAGCGAUGAGCUACUGGGCCUGUUUCAGGUAGGGUCUGGUUCAUAUCGACCCCUUUAAAUGAAAUUUCACCUGAAUGCUGAGAACAGGUGACCUGUGAGGCGAAACUUAUUUAAGCACACAAGAAAAGCACAGGCUUAGAAAUUUAUAGCCAAUUCACAAAGUAAUACUCUUAGGCAUUAGACACAGGCUAAACCACCUGCCUUCCCUCCAUUGUUGCCUCUGUGCUUCCCCUUCAAACCUUCUGUUUGUGAGCUUAGUAAUAUAAACAGGGAUUAUUUUGAACUGCAAAUCAGACAAAACUACUCUGGCAGAACCAAAGAAAAUAACAUGCAGCUGAAAAUUAGAGUACCAGGUCCACUUUAAGGUUGUUUUGGAGCAAGGGUAACCCAGAUAAUUUCCUUAGGGAUUAAUAAAGUAUUCUGAUUCUGAUUUUGGUGUGCUAACAAGCUAGCAUGCAGCUGCAAAGUUCUGCUGUCACCUCGUGAGUCCAGUGGCUCCUGCAGCACGCUGUGCCCCUCUGGUAGGAAGGCAGCUUAAAGAGUACAGCCAGAGGACACAGUUUUUGGCAUUUCAGUUAUGAAUUUCAACACAAAAUGGUUUAACUGAAGACUGAAGCAGUUGCAGUUCCUCAUAAAGUCCAAGUACCAACUGAGCUGAGAGGAAAGUGAAGCACUGCCAGCAACACGUGAGGAGCUGCCAAAUGCUUCACACUCACCCCGCACUUGUUAACACACAAGUGCUUUGAUGUAAGAGUACACAUUAAGGAAACGCUUUGCACAAGGAGACACAAUUUCACACUGAAAAGAGAUGGAAACUGCAGUUAACAGCUGAUUUAGGACUCUAGACGAUCCUCUUUUUCUUUACUAGCGACAACCUUUAAGUGCCCACAGAGGUGUUUUGACCUGGCAAAUAUUCAAAGCAAAUAUUUUCCCGCAAGAAUAAUUUGGUAAACUUGCUGAUUUCAAUUUUGCUUUUAGUUGAAGCAGAAGGGAAGCUGGGAAAUGCCUGAGAUAAAAGGUUAAGCUGACCUGCUCUGCCACACGCAGGUCAGUCGGGGCACUGAUUAUGUAAAUGUCAUACAAAGGUGCUCUGUUUAUAUGUUGCUAGUGAAAACAAAGUUGAAGCACGAGGCCUAGUUUCCCUCCCAUACAAAGUCUAUUCUGUGUCCAUGGUUAUGUAAGUUUGUAGGAGUGUGUAUUUCUGGGUGUGAACAUGUGCUCGUGAAUCACACUUCCAGAUAAAAUUGUUACCUAUUGUCACUAAAUAUAUUCUGCACUUAAAGCCUUCUUGUAAUUACCAGAGGCACGCACAUAUUCUGCCCUCUGA